CGGUACAAAUAGCGCCUCCAGCCUUGCAAGCAGCAAAGAGUGGAAGAAGAGGAGGACAACAACAAGGUGGAAGAGAGACUCCAGAACCAGUUAGCCCUGACGUACCGCUAUGAGUAUGAAGAGCACCUCGGCGCACUCUCAGCCCUGAACCAGGUCUGCACUGAGCCCAUGGCGCCCCUGCGGCUCUUCGCAGCCGACGGUCACGCCAUCGUCGCGGCGACCGUUUCAUGGCGCAGCUCCAUGACGUCGCAACCAGGCCUUCUCCUUUGGGCCGUGGCCCUUGUGGCCGUAGUCGCGAUCGCCACCGCAGUGCAUCUCAAGGUUAGGAGAACAGCAGUACCUGAAUCUGAGAGUGAAGCACUGAUGGAUGGUCCAGAUGCAUGAUAGCCGACCAGUUUUCGC